UGCAGAAAUCUAAAUUGUCCUGAUUACAGAUAUUUGACAGUUAGUUGGAAAUUUGUAGUUCUAUGUUGCACCUAAGUUGUUUUUAAUAAAAGUCAGGGAGAUCUGCUGAUGCCCAGGCUUAUGCAGUUAGAGGAAUCAUAGAAUAAUAGAGUUGGAAGGAACCUAUAAAGCCAUCAAGUCCAACCACCUACUCAUUGCAGGAAUCCAAAUUAAAGCAUACCCGACAGAAAAUGGGUUUUCACUGCCAAGAUAUGUUGCCAUUAAUUUGCAAUACAACUUUAUGGUGUCUUGAGUUGUCUAAAAUGAUUAUUGCAUAUCUGGGGCUGUUUUAAACAGCCAUUUAACAGUACAUUUGCUAGUUAAAAACAAGUUGUAAAUGCUUAAUUUUGACUUCUUUAGAUGGUGCUUCCCUUUCCUCCAAACCAUCUUUUCAAUUGGCUCUUUAUCUUCUGAGGAUCAUGACUUUGACCCUACAGUUGAAAUGUUGGUACAUGACUAUGAUGAUGAGAGAACUCUUGAAGAGGAGGAAAUGAUGGAUGAGGGUAAAAAUUUCAGUUCUGAGAUUGAAGACUUAGAAAAGGAAGGAAGCAUGCCCUUAGAAGACUUAUUGGCAUUCUAUGGCUACGAACCGACAAUCCCUGUUAUAGCAGGUUCCAGCGCAGAUAGUUCCCCAAGUGAACUUGCAGAUGAACUGCCAGACAUGACUUUGGAUAAAGAGGAAAUAGCCAAAGACCUUUUGUCAGGGGAUGAUGAAGAAACACAGUCUUCUGCUGAUGAUUUGACACCAUCAGUUACUUCGCAUGAAACUACAGACUUUUUCCCUCGGCCUUUAAGAUCAAAUACUACAUGUGAUGGUGAUAAAGAAUCAGAUGGUGAAGAUGUGGAGGUGGAUGCUGGUAAUUCAUCUGAAGAUUUGCGGAAGGAAAUAAUGAUUGGCUCACAGUACCAAGCAGAAAUUCCACCAUAUUUGGGCAAAAACAACAGCGAUGAUGAAAAGGUAUAUGAAAAUGAAGACCAACUACUUUGGCAGCCUGAUGUCAUUUCAGAAAAUAAAGUUAAAGAGUACCUUUUUGAGACCUCUUUACGAACUGGAAAUGAAAAAAUGAUUGGCAGAAUUCCUGAGGGAAUGCAUACACGGGAUAAUGAACAGGCACUGUAUGAACUUUUCAAAUGUAACCACAACGUAAAAGAAGCAAUUCAGAAGUACUGCUCAAAUGGAAAGGCAUCUCAAGAGAUGACAGCAUGGACAGAAGAAGAAUGUAGAAACUUUGAACAUGCACUUCUGAUUUAUGGGAAAGAUUUUCAUCUCAUACAAAAAAAUAAGGUGAGAACCAGAACAGUUGCUGAAUGUGUAGCAUUUUACUACAUGUGGAAGAAAUCUGAACGAUAUGACUACUUUGCUCAACAAACUAGAUUUGGAAAAAAGAGAUACAACCAUCAUCCUGGAGUCACGGACUAUAUGGAUCGGUUGGUAGAUGAAGCAGAAGCUCUUGGUGGAGCUGUACAUUCUUCUGCCGUAACGUCCAACAGCAGACCGGAGCCCAUUCCUGACCAACAGCUCAGCAUUCUGAGCUCUAUCACUGCCAGUGAUUUAACAGCACUGACCAACAGUGUAGCCACAGUCUGCCACUCUACAGAUGUGAACUGCUUAGAUGAUACCUUCCCACCUCUGGACAGCUUGCCCCGGACAGCAGUUAAUCACGUGCCUGUUGUAACGGAAGAUUUGCUUAACUUACCUAGUAAUGGUGAAAGUGAUUGUUUUAAUUUAUUUGAGACUGGAUUUUAUCACUCAGAGUUAAACCCAAUGAACAUGUGCAACGAGGAAUCUGAAAGGCCUGCAAAGAGACUAAAAAUGGGAAUUGCAGUUCCAGAAUCGUAUAUGAAUGAUGUUUCUGUGAAUAACUUGGGUGUUGAUUUUGAGAAUCGCACACAUCACAUUACCAGUGCCAAAAUGGCAGUCUCAGUGGCUGACUUCAGCAGUCUAUCUGCAAAUGAGACAAAUGGCUUUAUCAGUGCUCAUGCAUUACACCAGCACACUGCCCUCCACUCAGAAUGAAUUUAUCAGCAAACUGAAGAGACAGUGGAUGCUGUUGGUGGUUUGUGGUAAACUUGAUGGAAAUGAUCAGGUUUGCUUAGUCUUUCACUGGAAGUUUGAACUAUAUGACAUCAGUGAUGUCUUUAUGUACAGAACUAUAUCUUGAUUUAUCAAGAGUAAUUUCACUUUUUUCCAAUCCAUAAAUGUGGAAACUUCAUACAAUGUUUAGCAGAGUUUAGGGACUAAGAGAACUCUGUGGUGCAGCUUUAAACUCUGCUUCCUCAUUCUUUUUAAACCUGUAAACAGAGACUGAUGUCUCACAACCAGCACAGAAAUUCUGAAGUGAUUGGAGUGGCUUUUUAGUCUAAGUUGCUUCUGCCGUAAUGAAUGCAGUGGAAUAGCGAUUGUUUACAGGUACCAGUCCUGAUCCCUGCUCAAUGUAGCAUUAAAAUUAAUUAAUUAACAGCAGGGAAAGGUUUAUUUAAUUUAAACUGCACAAACCCAAGGAUAUUUUUAAUGGAACCUUCUCUCAUCUGAUAUUAAACCAGAGCACUUCAGUUUACAAAACAACAAGUUCAUCUUGAUGGCUACUAGCACAAGGGACUGUAGGAGAAAUGUCUGAAGAUACAUUUGGAUGCUCUUACAAAUUGUAGACCAUGGCUACCUUACAUAGAUAUUACACUGUAUGUUGGUUUCUGUGUACUUAAAUCUAUUGGCUGAAAUGAUACGGUAUACUGUUGGGGAUGGAGGAACUGUCCACACUUUUGAGGAGUAUAAUGUGAAAACUUCAAAUGUUAUAUAACUUUUCUUAAGGCCACUGAGAGGUGAAGGUACAGCUUAGGAUUGACCACUAAUGGUUUACAUCAUAGGACUUGCCUUAAGUUCAGAGCACUGCAGUUCAACAUGUUAAAUUUAUGAGGGAAUCUGUAUCAAUUAUGAAUCUAGAAGUCUGAAACCUUUUCAAGCAUGGAUAUUUUUUUUUCCUUAGUUUGACACAGGCUUAAGUGCAUUUUAUAUUCCAGAGAGGAACCUUUGUUAGGGCUCUUUAUGUUUAUUGCUUAACUUUUCACAAAUUUGCAAAAGGCCACUGUAGCUUUGGCUGUCAGUCAUAAUAUUAAUCAAAAGGUAUUAUGUGUCCUGAAGGACACACAUCUCCACAAAAAUGUUGACGUUUCUAAUAGUACAAUUGACAUGCAGUAAAACUUAUUAAGUUUUGCACGGGCCAUUAUAUGUAUUUAAUUUCCUUUUAAAAGAUUGCAGGUUUUUUUAAGAAAAGGGUAACAUUUUCAGUGUUGAUAGUAAUGAUUUAAGCUUGAUUGCACUGCAUAAAUAGAAGCAGCUGCCUUAGUUAAUACUUCAAAGGGAAGAUAUUUAUUCUACAUACUGUGAACUGUGUUGACAUUCUCAGUCUGAGAUGCAGGAAAGUGCUGCAUGUUCUUCAUGGCAUUGUAACAAAGAUGGGUUUGAAGAGUUAAUAUAGCACACUUAACAUUUUAGCAAUUUAAUUUAGCACAGUGGGCAAAAGUUGGUGUUGGUGAUCUGUUCUAAAGUAUACAUCUAAAAGCUGUCAUUCUAAUAAGUACACAGUCUAUAAUGGGGUAGCCUUGGCCCUGUGUCCUAUUUUGACACUUUUAGCCAAAUUGUCGGCUUCUUGUUGCUGUGAUUUGUGCUGAACUCUGUACCUUUGUUUCUUUUUGUUUUGAAUCAACACAUCAUAAGUGAUUUUGUAAAAUACUGGCCAUAUUCUUUUUCUGUUAUACAUUCAAGUUUAUGGGUUUACAGCGGCUGGUCUGUAUAAAAAUCAUUAUACCAUGUCUGAAUGCUUAUACCAGUUGCACUUAAAUGAACACACCCAUUCUCAUUAGCUGAUGCAGUACUAUGUUCAGUUUAUCUAUGCAUUGCUGGGGUCUUAAUGAAGACCGAGAGUCUAGUUUCUCGUCUAAAGUUUUGAUUGUCAGCAAGUCGAAUGGACACUUUAGUUAUUUAAUAAAGACUUUUGACCAAAAUUCUGAAAUGGUAUGAAAGAACAAUGAAUUCCGGCUAGUUUUAAUAGAUUUAUAAUUGCUGAUCUAAUUUAGCCUGUUGGCUAGCUAGCUGGUAAUGUUUACUUUUAAUUCCUUGUUAAAAUAAGGCAAUAAUUUGCAAGAUUAUGUAAAUAUGUACAUUCUGCAUAUCUUUUUAGAUACCUAUUUCAAUAUUUUCUGACUACUGUGUAUAGUAACAUUUUGUGCAUGCUUGAUGUGACAUUCAUAAAUUUGUACCACUAUGACUUUAUUCAUGUAAAAUAGCUAUUUAUUGAAUUUUUCUUUUAAAAGCUGGACUUAACCUGUUUUUCUGUGUUAAACAUUUUAAUGGAGAACUUGUUACUGUUUGUUAAAAGAAUUGUGUUUGAGGGUCAGUGUGACGAGGGCAGAAUUGUAAUCAUAUGAGGAACUGCCUUGAUUCAAAAUGGAUCAAGCAUAAUUCUUUUAACAAACUGUGGCAACUUCUUUGUUCAUCGCUGAAUAUAUUCUCUCGCCUCUCCUUUUCAUAAAACAAACCAAAAAUCCCUAAUGGGCAAUUGCAGUUUGCUAGACGUAUCACUUAACUACAGGGAUUCUGAAAAAGAUAGCUGAUUCACAUAGAAGUGUAACUGGUGCUGUGAUUAGAGCAAUACUUUUACUUUUGUUACAUCAUUUUAUCUUCUCAUUAAUAGUCUUCUAAAUGUUCAUUUUUUCCCUUGUUAUUAUGGUCAAACUGCUGACUUUACUUGAAGGCUGUACAAUACUGUCUGAAGUAUACUAACUUGUGUACGAUUGGGUUGCUUUGUGCAGUUUCCUUAUAAAACCAAGUCAAAACUAUAUGUUAAUUUCAGAUCCAGUAGUCUAUUAGUGAUACUAUUUAAUUUUAACCAAAGUCUUUAGUGGAUAUUUCAAGUUUGAAUGUAAACUAGUGGAUUAACUGGCCAAUAGAAGACUGUUUGCCCAGUGUUAUAAGCACAUUGUCUAUAAACGGGAAACUAAAUUUACACAGUAUCAUGGUUAUGAUUUUUCCAUGGGAGUGGGAAAACUUUUCAAUUGUUUAAUAGUUAAGGACUGCAGUCCUUCCUGAAGCAACCAGUAAUUCCAGUCAUUCCUAGAUUCAGGUUGGCAUCCCCUGUGCAUAACUAAAUUAGUGACAAUCGCAACCAGUUUUACUAUUGGAUGCCCAAAAGGAAGUUGCUAUUGUUGCAUUGGUUUUAAUAUUUGUACAUAAACACUGAUUUUUUUGAACAUUAUUUUGUAUUUGUUGUACUUUAAUACCUGGUGUACAGUUCCAGAAAUAAAUGUCUGGAAACCUUUUUCUUCUUGUGAAAAGUUUUCAUGCCUCUGCAACAUUAUUGUCACUUUAGUAUUUUUAGACCAAACUGUUUUUUAAGGAGUUUUCAGAUGUUCAGGUUCUAAUCUGUAAGAUACCAAAUUUGUAUUCUCAGAUAAGAGAACUACAUUGUUUCUCCACAGUGCCUAAUUGUUAGAGAGGUUUUGCUGAUAAUACUAGAACUCGGGGACAUCCAAUGAAGCUGAAUAUUGGAAGAUUCAGGACAGACGCCAGAAAGUAUUUCUUCACACAGCACCUAAUAUGUGGAAUUUGCUCUCAUAAGAUGCAGUGAUGGCCACUAACAUGGAUAGCUUACAACGAAGGUUGGAAAAAUUCAUGGUCAAUAAGGCUAUCGCUGACUAUGUUCUACCUCCACCAGUGGAGGCGGUAUGCCUCUGUAUAACAGUUGCUGGGAUUGCAUGUGGAUAGCCUGCUACUGCACCCAUGUCCUGCUUGCAGGCUUCCCAGGGGCAUUAUGAGAACAGGAUGCUGGACUAGAUGAGCCUUUAGUCUGAUCCAGCAAAUACUUCAAUAAAUUUAUGUAGCAAUGACUAAAAGCAGCUUGUGUCAGAACACAAAGUCUGCUGCCUUCUGCCUCUUCGCUACCCUCUAUUUCAGCUGACCCAGCGGUCUCCACCAGCACCCCACAUUCUGCCUGUCAGUACUACAUUCUUUCCAUACCAUGUUUGAAUGUCACCACUAAACCUAGCAGUCAUGAGUACUAUGAGAGCAAUUUUAUAGAGAUUAAUGAUGUAACACGCACAGUAUUGCUUGUCCCAAAUUUAAUACUCAUUUUACAGAUGCAGUAUCUCAGAGGAUACAGCACUGCCGUAGGUUUAACUAUUAGUGAAUGGCAGUACUGUGUAACUAAGAGAUCACAUUUUAGGUGUAUGCAGUAAGUGCUCUUUACAAGCUGAAACCACUGUAAACAUGCUUAUCCUUCUGCCAUUGCCUUUAUGUCAAGACAUAAAACUAUGCAGAUUUUUUUUAUUCCUACUACUGUACUUUCAAGCUCUUAAUUUUUUUACUUGAAACUGUAAUGCAACAUAUGCUCAAUAAUAAGAUGAUACCUACAUUUACUAGAAGGUUCAUGAAUAAAUAUGACUGGCAAAGUUGGAUGAAAAUCGGGGGGGGGGGUUAGGUUCCAAAAAUGUGUGUGUGUAAGUUAU